CGUGGGGCGAGAUCAAGUUCUGGGGGAUUCCGGUCGCUGCGUGUGUAUGUGUGCCUGGGGGGCGUUGUGAUUGAUUGUGUGGAUAUGAAGAUACAGUGCAACGUGUGCGAGGCCGCGGAGGCGAGCGUCCUGUGCUGCGCCGACGAGGCGGCCCUGUGCUGGGCCUGCGACGAGAAGGUGCACGCCGCCAACAAGCUCGCCAGCAAGCACCAGCGCGUCCCGCUCUCCACCUCCGCUUCUCAGAUGCCCAAGUGCGAUAUCUGUCAGGAGACAGCUGGAUUUUUCUUCUGUCUAGAGGAUCGAGCAUUACUCUGUAGGAAAUGUGAUAUAGCCAUACACACAGCGAAUACAUAUGUGUCUGCUCACCAAAGGUUUCUUCUUACUGGAGUGAAAGUGGGUCUUGAAUCUACCGAGCCUCAUCCCUCCUCUUCAUCGAUAAAUUCACAGCCUGGGGAAAAGAUCUCUGAAAAAUCAAAAUCUUCUUCUUUGUCAAACGGAGGCACCCAAUUGCCAUCACACAAUGAGUAUAACAAUAUCCAACCUGUACACACUGAUGGCGUUGGAAGCUUGAUAACCACUAAGUUUCCAUUUUCUGGGGGUUCUGCAGCUGCAAGCAUGCCACAGUGGCAUUUAGAUGAACUUCUUGGAUUCAGCGACUUUAAUCAAAGUUUCAGCUACAUGGGCAAUGGCUCGUCUAAGGCUGACAGCGGCAAGCUCGGAGACUCUGAUUGCUCCUCAAUCAUGAGAAGUUCCGAAGAAACAGGUGACGAAUGCUUGGGCCAGGUUCCAGAUACUUAUUGGGCUGUGCCUCAGAUGUCUUCACCUCCUACAGCUUCAGGUUUAUACUGGCCAAAGAGUGCUCGGCGUCAACUCGAUGCUGCUGCUUAUGUUCCCGAUAUAUCUUCCACACCAGAGAACGACUUCCUGUGUCAAAGAAAUGAUCGCAGCUUAAAACGUCGAAGACAAUCUUAGACCAUUGGUUUAGCACAAUCUGGUCGUGUAAAGAGGGGGGGAGAGAGUGGGAUUUCCUUUUGUGGUGUGCCUUCUUAACGUAUUUCAGUGGUCUCGUUCUGUCUUAUCGCUAACAGUUUAAAGCUUCCCAAGUUCUGUAGUAGGCCUGGCCUGUCUAAGUAGAUAUCUCAAGAUGGGAUGACGGAUCGAGAAAGCCGAAGUGAAAAUUCAGGCAAGAACUCGUUGAUAGGCGUUAGUUCGAGUUUGCUGUAUGGUAAAUGAUUCACAGGUUGUAUGCUGGACAAAGUAAAUUCAAUUUCAAUAAUAGUAUUUUCGUCA